AUGUUGAGCGGUGCUCGUCCCGGCAGAGGAGACCGAGACGAGCAGAGCCAAAACCCGCAGAAGUGCUGUGCUGCAGAUGAUGCCGGUCUCUCUGGGAAGAGCGUGGAGGGGUCAUCGCCGGAUGGGGAGGAGUUGGAGAGAGUGUGGCAGCGGGGUGAGCGGACGGAGCGGAGGCUGGAAGUGCACGAGCAGCUGCUGGCCCUGCGGCACUGGCUGGACGCUGUGGAGAAGAGGCUGCCUGCCCUGCCGGAGCCCGGCCAUGCCCUGCAGGUAAUGGGCUCGCCCCGGGUGUGCGGCAGCCGGCAGAACCGCUCAGAGCCAGGCCAGGAUUUGAGGCGGGGGCCCGGCGCCCGUGCCUGUGCCAUGGGGAACUCGGUGAGCCGGCCCAGCUGCCUGGGCGAGAAGAGCCGGCGGUCGGAGGAGCUCCUCCGGGAGCCGCAGCUCCGGGACCUGGGGCUGGACGCGGGGCAGUCGCCCGGCAGAAGCAUCGCGGAGGCCUGGCCGGGGCCGCUGGAGAAGCCGCCGGCACCGGUGGAGAACGGCUGGAGCCCAGUACCCAGUGCCGGCCGGAGCCGGCCGGGCAGCCCCGUGCUGAAGCGCAGCCAGUCGGAGGUGGCGGUGCAGAACGGGAGCACAGCCUGCGUCCCGCUGAAGGGGCAGGGGCAGGCGGGGGGCGCAGCCUGGACACCCCCCCGGGCCAGCGCCCCCCGGAGUGCCUGGUCCUGGAAACCUGUCACCACCCGGGAGGUGACGGAGGUGACAGAGGUGACCGAGACCAUCGUGACGGAGAUUGUGGAGGUGACCGAGUACCCGGCCGGCGAGAAGGGCGGGGAGCCCCUGGUCACCCGGACGGUCACGGUGCUGACGGAGCGCGCCGGGGAGCUGGCAGCCGGUGGCCGCUCCGGACAGACGGAUGCCACAGAGGUGACUGCCGGGCAGGGACCCUCGCCACUGAAGAUGCUGCACCGGCUGCUCUGCCGGCACACUUGUCUCCGCAAGCGAGUCUUAGCCUUUGUCUCCCUUGGCUGGGGCUCGUCUGGUGGGGGCUGCGUGUCCGGAGGGGGUCCGCAUGGCAGGGGCGUGCCUGGGGUGCGCAGCCCCUGCUUUGGGGAGCCCCGUGGGCAGCGCCCAGUCCUUUGGCCCUGA